UUAGCUUUGACGCUUCUACUUCAACAUGGCCGAAGCGGGUAGCGUUAAUGUAGGCAGCGGCCGUGAGGAAAAAGAGCCUGAGGGACUGUCUCAGGAAUCUGCGCCUACCGGCACUACUAUUUCGAGGGUGAAGCUGUUCGACACCAUGGUGGACACUUUUCUCCAGAAGCUAGUCGCUUCCGGGAGCUACCGGAGAUUCACUGACUGUUACAAGCACUUCUAUCAGUUGCAGCCUGAGAUGACCCAGCGGAUCUAUGACAAGUUUAUAACUCAGUUGCAGACAUCUAUCCGGGAUGAAAUCUCUGAAAUCAAAGAGGAGGGGAACCUGGAAGCUGUCUUGAAUGCACUGGAUGUGAUUGUGGAAGAAGGCAAAGACCGCAGGGAGCCGGCCUGGCGCCCUAGUGGGAUCCCGGAGAAGGACCUGCGCAGCACCCUGGUGCCCUACUUCCUGCAGCAGCGGGACGCCCUGCAGCGCCGUGUACAGAAGCAGGAGGCCGAGAACAGGCAGCUGGCAGAUGCCGUCCUGGCCGGGCGCAGGCAGGUGGAGGAGCUGCAGCUGCAGGUUCAGGCCCGGCAGCAGGCCUGGCAGGCUCUACACAGAGAACAGAAGGAGCUGGUGGCCGUGCUGAGGGAGCCUGAGUGAGGAGGCAAGAGCCGGGCCCAGGAUCAGAGGGCAGUCAAGGUCAAGGGCCUGUGGUCCAGCAUGCUGGGCCUGAGUGAGCUGCCUCUGAGAACAGCCAGAUCGGUGCCCAGUCCCUAAGCAGUGAUGGGAUCUGCUGGAGGAGGAGGCCUCAGCGUCUCCACUGCCACUGUGCCUUUGGCAGUCCCUUGAGGUCGUAAACACACACUACCUUCAGGCUUCUCCCCGUUUUCUCCUAACCUGAGCAUCCGUGGCCGGCUCCCAGCCCUGGGAUCAGGCACCAUGCUCCUUCUUCUCUAGGUUCAAGCCAACCCCCUACCCUACCCCGUCACAACACGUACCACCAGUUCCUGAGCCCCACCUCGGGCCUGGCAUGGGGAAUCUGUUUUCAGUCUCCACUGAUUGCCCCCUUGCUGGCCAGCUCGAGGGCUCUUGCCAUGUUCUCCCCACAUCCGCAAAUAAACUUCCUCCACUGCACUGUAA